UGAUGUAAAACAAAAGCUUGGAGUUCUAUCAUGUAAAUGAGAUUACAUUCAUUAUUUAAAGUGUUUUGGGACCGGUGCCAGAUAAAUUGGAAGUUAACGUGGCUCUCCGACGGCCUCCACAUCACUCAUAUCAAUACGCUAAUUUAGAUCCUCUGUAAAAGCAGUUAAAAAUUACAUUUGCUCUCUCUUGAUCAGGUAAGUGCAACGAAACCAUAUUUGAAGAUAUGCGAGAGCCCCCUAAAAAGCCUCUCCAUCUGAAGGGUCAGAUGAAGUACGUCCCGCAGUGGGACUCCCUCAUCUUCCUUGGAACCCCAAUGUAAGCUUUUGCAAUCUCACCCGUCUUUAAAACACAGCAGUCUGAGCUAGCGGAAGACUGCGGUUCAGUUUCUAUAAAAACAGAUUUUUUUUAGGAACAAUAUCAUACUCACUUAUAUUUUGUUUUAUCUAAAGUCCACUUAUUUAAGGACAGUCCUUGGGUCAAAAACUAUUCCUGCUGAAAAAGACAAUAGAAACCAUAGCAAAAAAUCUAAUGGUUUCCAUUAAAAUACUAUUUUGAAAUCAUCCCUGGUGAAAAGAACAUGGAGAGCCCUGCCCAAAACACAAUAGAAAAUCUAAUAGAUGUAUUGGUUAUACUUCGAAUUGUAUUCGUUUUACUGGAAACUAUAGUGGUGUCUACUAGUAUCUGAUGGAUUAUUUUGGCGGCAUGUUAUCUGGCAGAAGGGAACCCAUAGAACACCAGGAAAUUGUAUUGGAAUAUUGUCCAAAUGGGCGUCUAUGUCAACGAUUUAAACCUGUAUGACCCGAGCAGAGAGCUCAUUCUGGCUCAAACACACCAGUCGGCCGAGCUGCAGCUUGCACUUGACCAGGAGCAGCAGAAGUAUGCGCAGCUGCAGGAGAUCAUUAAAAAGCUGGAUGAGGAAAAGAAGAGAGGGGACUCCCUACUGUACGCCAUGACACCCGGAGCCGUGGCAGACAGACGGCGCAAGGGAAUAACAGCCCUGGAGACAUGUCAGGUUUUAAGAAGACAUACUGACUCAAGGGAACUCCUUUAAGACACCAGCAGAGCUCAGAUACAGCAAUGAGCAGAAGGACUCCGAAGAUAGAAGCUCAAACAGCAAAAUUCCCCAUGUGACAUGAAUACCCCCAAUGAGCAACAGGCUGAGGGAAAGCGCACUCCUUCUGACCUUCCCCAGGACACCCUACAACCACUAGAGGGCGCCUCAGACCCAACCACAUUCAUCCCAGGAAAAAGAAAAGGUGAAAAAGACAAAGAAUGACAAAGGAGGAAAAGCAGACAAUUCAUCGGGCAAUGCACAGGAGAGCACUUCCCCUGCUGGGGGUCCAGAGAACACAGCACCAGAGCUAAACAAAUAAAAGUACAGUUUCAGAAGCCAAUACGCACGAUUGCCAGCCAAUGUCCCCAUGAUAAACACAGCCUGCAAUCUGCUGUGACAAUCCUGGAGAGAUUUGUAUGAUAAUUUGAGGCAAAACGAUUGGCCCGGCAGACUUCUUUUCAAUUUAUGAGUCCCCACUGGAAAAUCCAUCUUGAGAUUGAAGCUGUGCAUGAUGGCUGGUUUCUAGCUGGUGUGAGUUGGUUGACCAGCUGGUACCUGGACUGUUGGUGGUCCAAGAUGGUCUACAGACUGGCUAAAACACAGCUGGCAUGUUCCAAAAAAAUGACUUGCAGCUAAGAUCAGACAGAUCCAUGUUUGAUUAUCAGAUCAGAUAGAGAAUGAUCAGACAACUGAAUUCAUGUCAGCAAAUUCUACAAUUUUAGUUAAAGACCGUGGCACACAAACAAAAAGUUUCAAUGCAGAUUUCUCUCAUAUCUGCCAAAAAUAAUUGGCUUUGUGGCUAAAUUGGGAAGUUACACGAGUCUGGAACACGAUGUGAUAUUUCGGUAUGAAAGUAAAUAAAUCUGAAAAAUAUUUUUGGUUGCUGGAAAACAAGGAAAUGAUUUCAUCUGGAUCAAAAAUAGACAGAUUGAAAAAAAAUCCAUGGAAAAAUCUGUAUCUGUAUUGACCUGUAAAGAAAUCUUAACACUCUCUUUAAGGCUUAGUAUUAGUUUGCCAGCAGAGCAAGUACAGA